CACACACACACACACACACACACACAGAGAGACGGAGAGGGAGGGAGAGACAAAAAUUAAAUUAUAAUAUUAAGCUUGAGCUGCUUCCCUGAAGUCAUUUUGAGAAACAGCAUCACACCUGUCGCCUCCAGGCAGUGGCACAGCAGACGAACGCUGAAGGCAUGGGAACAACUCAGUUAAAGAUGCUGAAACUUUUACUUUUAUUGACCCUCACAGAGACUUGUGCUGCUGCAAAUGACAUGACAUUUUCAGUGUUCACGGUGACAUCUAAGAGCAUGGUGGCGCAGUGGAGCGCCCUGGCCGGGGCCAGCUCCUACAAGAUCACAGCGACACCGAAGAACUCCUCAAAAGAUCCCGUCUUUGCUCAGUUCAGUGGCAACUCUGUGAUGGGCUCAGUCAACUCCCUGUCACCAAACACGCUGUACACUGUGCAGUUAGAGGCCAUGGACAAUGCGCUCAAUGUCCUCAGCAGUGCAAGCACUGAGGAGACAACAGCUCCUGAUGUCCCCAGCAUCCUGAAGGCCUACUCCAAACACAGCGACAGCAUCACUGUAGAGUUCACAGAGGUUUCCGGGGCAACCAGCUACAUCUUGAGGGCAGAGUCAGGUGAUUUCUUCUUGGAGACGACGGUGAGCGGCUCUCCAGGCACCGUGGUGCUUCUCCAGCCCCACACAGAGUACAUGGUGAGCGUCAUGUCCGUCAACUCGGGUGGGAGGAGCCAGCCCUCGUACCCCGUCGAGGCCAAGACGUUGGUGAUCGCACCCAAGUUGAACACCACCUCCCCUAGCAACGACACCAUCCUCGUGUCCUGGCCCCCGGUCGAGCACGCUGUCCUCUACACGCUCUGCAUCAUCCGAGAGGGCUCCAGCUCCCGCCUCAAAGUGAACACCACUGACACCUCGGUGACCUUCGAUGACCUUGAAGCAGGCACUACCUACUGUAUCAAGGGCACGGCCUGGGACUCUGAAGGUCGCACCGGAGACGACCUCACUGUCUGCUGGAUCACACGUCCACAGAGCCCAGAUGUGUCCUUCGUCCAAGUGACCCAGGGUCGGUCCCUUGGGAUCGCUGUGUACUGGCUGCCGGUGCAGGGAGCUCAGUCCUACAUAGCUUGGACCUCUGAUGGCCAGAACUGUAACUCAACAACUCAGAGUCACUGCUACAUUGUACCUGUCAAGUGUGGACAGAACCACUCUGUGGCCGUCACAGCCAGAAACGUGGCUGGUUCCAGUAGCCCCUCAGAGCCGGCUCACUAUAUCACAUUCCCAUGUCCUCCGGAGAACAUGUGGGUGGAGGAGCCAGAGUCCGGCAACUGCUCGCUGGUGUGGGACAACGUGCCACUGGUGGAGUACUACAUGGCUUUCAUAAAGAGGGACGACGGGAUAGAGAUUUCCUGCAACACCACCGAAACCACCUGCCAAUUUUUCUGCAUGUGUGGCUUCACCUACCUCGCCACCGUCUUCCCCUACAACCAGGCGGGGUCCAGCCCUCAGGCACCCGUCCGCAACUACACCACCAUUCCUUGCUGUCCAAAGGAUGUUACCGUACAACUGGUUUCUACAGAAACCCUGGAGAUCACGUGGUCACCGGUCAAAGGCGCCGAGCUGUACGAGACGACAGCAGAGGAGACUAACAACGUUAUCCACUGUAACGACACAGCGCCGGUGUGCGCCCUGUCAGAUCUGAGGUGCAACGCGGAUUAUUCCGUGACCGUCACGCCCUGCAGCGAGUUGGGAGGAUGCAACCGCACCUGCAAGGCACACACACACCAGACGGCUCCGUGUGCUCCAGGGAUCCUGAAUAUGACACAGACAAAUAACGCCACAUACAGAGUCCUCAUCAGCACCCCCAACACACCCGACACAAACUACACCAUCACCGCCACUGGACGCUACAACACACACACUUGCCAGGCAAGAAACGGCUCCUGUGACCUCACACAGCUGCCCUGCGGAUCAAUCUACGACGUGACGGCAGUGGCCACCACAGAUGUAGGACGGAGUCUACUCGGAUACAGUAAAGCUUUGGAAACAGGUCCGUGCUGUCCCACGUUCGUGAACGUGACCCAGGUCACCCAGGCGAUGACCAACGUGACCUGGUCGUCUGGCAACGGCGCUCGCUCCUACAUCACCACACUGACGUCCUCGCGCGGACAUGCCAAGUGCCACACUCUGGACACCCACUGCCUGAUGGGAUGCAUCACCUGCAGCACCAACUACAGCGUCCACCUGGAAGCCAUCAGCAGCACGGGACACAAGUCAGAGUGCAAAUAUCAGGGAUUCUCUUCCAGUCCCUGCUGUCCAACAGGCGUCAAGCUCUAUCGCAGGGCCAACAACUCUCUCAGGGUGUACUGGCGCUCCUUGGGCCCUCAGAUCCACAACCACAACGUCGAGCUGUACGGGACGGGAGGCAACUACACCUGCGUCACAGCUGCCGGGAGUGCAUAUUGUGACAUCCCGGAGGACACAUGUGGGGAUUUCUAUACAGUGGUGGUGGCACCAGUGGGACAGAAUGGGAUCAAAGUCAACUUCUGUCAGCCCAGGAAAUACUCAGUUCUCUGCCCAGGAAGUAACGCUGCGAUCUCUCGUGGAAGACGGAGCUUGGAUUAAAUGCAUGAACCACCGCCACCAACAGACCGGCGUGGACAGAGCGUUUACACCAACGGCAACUUGCUGUGACCAUCUCAUAUACCCGGAUGAAAUAUCACUCUUGUUUAGGAAUAUCCCCGUUUUGUUGGAACCGUUUCCAGGAGAAAGUGUCUGAAAAACUAAAUACGAAAAACAAAAGCUACAAGAACUGUAUAAAAAAAUGAUUUGCUUUGCAAUUCCUCAGUUUUUAUCAAUACAUUUGGCAUGGCACUAAUCAUCACGAAAAUGAAUUCUAAAAAAUAACAUUUUAGGACUUCUCCAAGUAGAAAACCUCCAUGUGGCUGCGGCGUGACAUGUCUGGGCUGUGAAGCGGGCUGGUGACCGAGAAGAAGGUAAAAGUGGGGGCAGCAGGUAUCCAUCUCUUUGGCCCCGGAGUCAUGGCAAGUCCAGUGGAUGAUACAUCUGAUCAGAUUGCUGAGGAUGGAUUCAGUGUUACCCCUGCUUUCACUGGAUUUGUUUUCUGUGAGCUGACAGAGGACAACAAUAAAGCACAUUCUU